GCGGGGGAAGAGGGGCAGAUCGCAGGGCGUGCAAAAUACUUUCUGCUUUGCAGGGUCUAUACACAUAGAUCGCAAAUCCAUCAUCAUCCAUGCAGUCUUAUUCUAGCCUACAGUUUAUCUCUUUUUCCAAGCAUACCUAACUAUAUAACCCAUAAACUCCUUCUAUAGAAUUCUAUGAAAUAGAUAGUUCCCCGCGUCUGGAAACUCCAACAUCCUGCAGACUUAACAACAUUGCAGUCGUCGAAUUACGUUCCCUUUGGACAUCACCAAACAUGGCAGCCAAGCUAGAAGGACGGCUCGGUGCGGCGGCGACGGAUCCCACCGAACUCGCCCUCCAAGAAACCUCACCCAGCGCAAUCUUCCCCUCGUUCACAGCCACUACGGCAUGGUCUCUCGGCCUGGCCCUCCGCUCUCGAAUCCUCUCUCUUCCCGAUGACCAGCGCAAACCAGCCCUGAUCUCCAUUGCGCUGAACGGGCCCGAACCGCAUGUGAUAUUCCAGUGUGCCACCGAACCGGGUACUGUCCCUGAUAACGACCAUUGGGUGCGACGCAAGCGGAAUGCCGUCCUUCGAUGGGGUUCGUCUACUUGGUUGCUGAGACGCAAGAUGGUCGCGGGGCUGGGAGGUACUGAGGCAAAUGUGGAGGCGGCGUUUGUGAGGAAGUACGCUCUGAAGAGCUCGAAUGGCGGGGAUAUCCCGGACGAUUAUGCGAUUCAUGGGGGUGGGUUCCCUGUGCGUGUCAAGGGAGUCGCUGGCAUUGUGGGUGUGAUAGUAGUGAGUGGCUUGAAGCAGCAGGAUGACCAUCAGGUUAUCGUGGAGACAGUCAAGGCGUUCAUCGAGCAGGGUGGACAAUAAAACUCGAUUAUUAUAACUACCAGACAUGGAUUUUACUUCCCGAUAUAUGUGGGAAACAAUGAACAGGCCAUUACGCGACAUUAUACAC